UGCAGAUGGAGCCCGGGGCAACAAGCAUAACAGCAAGGGGGGCACGUCGGGUGUUUUGUUUCUCUUUGCCGUGGCCAUCUCCUUCGUGCAUUGGGACACAUGACUCGGUCGUCGCUCAGUCUCGCGGAUUUGAGCUCGCCCUGUCACUUUCUCAAUAGUGACGCCUGGAAACUCAAAAGACGUCUUCUUCUUCGAAUGCCAUUCUAUAUGACAAUGGUCACAUCAAUGAUCAAUCCAUGAGAAUGUCGCCCUUUGUGGAUCACGUGUGGCUAGACGAAGCUACCAGUACUGCUACUAUUACCAAAAAAAACACGGCUCAAAAUUGUCUUGACGGAUUAUGGCUGGAAUCAUCCCAAUCGAACCAUUGGAAUGUCCUUUCCUCGAUCGCUGCGGUCGCGAGAGCUGAUUCAGGGAGUCCUCAAUCAUCCCCUCUUUGAUCCAACCUUUCAGUGGAGUCAACAGCAGCAUCUCCAACUAGAAGAAUUCAACGGCAAUCUACAAUUUGUGGUCUUUUUGGAUGUGGAAACUUGCUUUGAAUCCAACUAUCCUCUCUACAGCAAGGGAUCACUCAAGAAUCUAGAUACCGAUCAUCAUCGACAACUCUAUACCCACCCGGGUGAAAACAAACGAAGUUGCUACAAGUUUGAUAUUACUGGUGUCAGUAAGGAACAUCCCCGAAAGGGACACUGUCCGUAUAUUGACGACAUUCUUCGCUCGCCCUUUUUUCAAUCGCAUCCCAACACGGCUCGAUUGGUCAUUUUCGAUUGUCAAGGCAAUGGAGUCGAUACAAUUAUCGCACCACACGCAACCAUCUCGCAAUUGUCCCUCGUCUCGCUGUCAUCCACGGCUCCACAAUUAAAACCAGAAUACGAUCUGGGUCUACCGCCACCCGCCGUCAAUCCCAUUCGCUUGUCCAAAUCCCAACGCGACAAGAUUCUCUCGUGUCAAGGAGAAGACGACGAUCAAAUACUGGGAGUACCCGAAGGACAUCGAUUUGGCUACUACUUGACGUGUAUUGCAUCCGUUCAAAAGAGGACUCCCACCCGACGGACUCUCUACGAUUGAUUUCACAAUCCGGCCAAUGGCACGAUACUCAUGCAACCCAUUCCCUUUCGGAUGCAAUUCCGGCAAUUGCAAUUCGAUCGCGUCAUGGCGAAUCCAUCUUUUCGGCCGCCCCCGGGGCGACAAUUUAUUUUCCUAUCGUUCACCGAAGUGCUAGUGCCGGUGCCAUUCCCGUGGUGUUGGCGAUGGAUGGGUCUUGCCUUUCAUCCCUCUCUGGAUUGGAAGAAUGCAUCGUGAUCAUUCCCGACCAAGUGGGAGACACCAUGGCCAUUCUAAAGGGUAUUUCACCCGCUCGACGCUGUCAAAUGCGACGCAACUGUCACGAAAUCUACCACAAGUAAUGGCCCAUCCGAAGGGACCAUUGCUGGGAUUGUCAAGUGAUGCAGCGAAUCAUGGACAAGAAACAGCCCAUGGGGGAUACCUAUGCAGCCUAAUAAUCAAUUGAAUAGCUAGCUACUACUCUCGUGCAUUCUUGUAAUCUUGGUCUAUUGCUUUUAUUUCAUAAUAACAUGUAUUCUGUAUUCUAUGUCAUGGUGAGUGGGCCUUGUGG